GCAGAGGAGAGGACUGAGAGAGGAUUAGAGAGAGGUUUUCAAAAUCAUGAGGGAACUGGACAGAGUUGGUAGGGAGAAACUGUUUCCACUCAUCAAUGGACCGAGAACUAAAGAGCACAGUUUAAAGUUUUUUGCAAAAGAAGAAAACUCGAGUUUUGAAGUUAGAGGGAAUGGUAUUUAAGUCAACAAGUCUCCAGACCUGAAUUCACAGCAACUCUCUCUAAAGCUCACCUCCUAUGCUGUAGAGAUUUUCUUCUUCUCUGAGUAAAUGAACUUGUCAUGAACACUGUUCAUCGGCAGCCUCAAAUCCAAGUUCGUAAAGACAAGUGUCUUUCCAGGGCUGAGUUUUUAUCUUUGCUAAGAACAUAUAAUUGUUUUUGUCAAGAUAACAAGAAUUUACAACUGACAUAUUCUGAUAAUAAUGGAAAGGUCAUCCUAGAAGGAGUAUUAGAUAUUGCAUGGGGUGUACAUCAACUAAUAAGAUUUCAGAUUGAUGAUGAAAAAUCUGUACCAUCACCAAUAGCAAUCCAAUUCACUGAUACUACACUGAAUAAAAGAGGAAUGACGCGCUGGGGAGAGUUUGACAACUUGUACAACAUUGCUGAACUGGAGGAAGAAACUGUGCCAGAUGGCAAAGAACAGGGGCCAGUCCAGCAGCUGAUCUUUGAAAGCAGUACAUUAAAACCAAAACGGAACCCAGAGCCAGAAAGUGGCAACUUGAUACGUACUAGGAGUGAUGCAUCAUUGGUGAAGAUGAGGGUAAAGGACCAAGCUGUGACUGCAGCAAAGAAAGCUCAGCGCCAUCGAUACUCCAUUAAUGGUCACUUCUACAAUUACAAGACUUCUAUUUUCACACCAACCAAAGGCUCUAUUACUAAUGUGAGAAUCAACAGCACAAUGACAACCCAGGAGGUGAUAGCAUUACUGCUACAAAAAUUUAAGAUAGAAAAUGAUCCAAAUGAUUUUGCAUUGUAUGUCGUUCAUGCAAAUGAAGAAAAGAAAAGGCUUAAGGAUACAGCGUUUCCAUUGUGGGAAAGAUUGCUUCAUGGACCAUCACGGAAAAUCGUGAAAAUAUUUUUGAUGGACAAGGAUGCAGAAGAAAUCAGCACUGAUGUAGCUCAGUAUAUCAAGUUUGAACUUCCUCUUUUAAAAACGUUUCUUCAGAAACUAAAUGAGGAGGAGGAGACAGUUAUUGGAAAAAUCAAACUCCGGUACAAAGUGGAGAAAAAAUCUUUGAUCCAGCUGUUGCACAAACGGAUGAUGGUGAGGGCAGAAACUUCCGUUUAAGAAGCAUAACUGUCACCAAGAAAUUAGAUGCCUGCGUGAGAUGAUAUGCAAUUGGAAUCAAUUACAAAAUGCAUAAGUGCCUCAUUUUAAUGGAGAUGUCACAUUUUAAAAUGAUGGAAAGUUUAUGGCACAGAAAUAGACUUUACCCAUCAUGUCUGCACCAGGACUAGGACUAUUUGUAUUUAGUAUUUCAAUUAUGAAACUAUUGGCUCAGACUUUCCUAUGGACAAAUACCCUCUUUUUUGUAAUGCUGGUACCUACAGCAGAAAAAGGGCAUGGUGGGGUAAAUCACUUAUGACUUCAAUUGCUCUGCCCUACUGAAUUCAAGACUCAUCACAAUGUUCCUGCAUUUAAGCCAUUUUUCAUGGACACCACUUAGUCCAACAAAUAGUAGGAGGUGAUGGCUUGGCUCUAGAGUCAUAUUGAUCAUAAUAUAUUUAUUAAUUGAAUUAGACUUUGAUUUUUUAAAAUGAUGCUGCAAAUGAAACUCAAGCAACAAACUUUAUGUUUGGUUCCACGUCCAUGAGUUGCUUUGAAAUUCUUAUCGACAUUAAAGACUCCGUAUAAAUCCAGGUUGUUGUAACUUACAGCAAUGACUUUGCUUCAAAAAUACAUUAUUACUUUUCUUAGUAAACUUCCAAAAGCUAUCAAAGAGUCAUAAACUGGUUACCAUUUAGCUGCCUUCAGAGAUAAAAAUAAAAUCAACUUUAGAAAAUAUUCAGUGGCCAUUUUGUAUUAACUUGCUUUAUUAAUUGAUAUUUCUUACAGCUUAUUUAAAUGCACUACUGAUCAAUUACUUAAAUAAGACCAAAUAAUUGAAACAAAGGAUGGGAUGCACAAAUCAAGCCACAAUAUUCUGAGGUUUACAUUUUUUUCUGCCAUAAAUGAAAAGUGAACUCCCCAAUGAAGACUAUAAUAAGAAGCAUUUAUUUAAAAAUGAAGAUUGAACAUUGGUGAUCAUAAAGUUAAACCUCCAAUAUAAACCUGAAGAUUCUGUUUUUGCUUCAAUAGAAUUCCUGAUUCUUUUCAUUAAUUAAGUUCAUGCAAAGAAAUGUGAACACAGCUGUUAAAGAUUCGUUGUUGUUAAAAAUACAAGUGCACAAGCAAUAGAUAUUUUUUGAUUAAGGAUUGAGAGCAUGUAUAAACAGAGUCAGCAUGGAUGCUUAUGUUGCAAUGGAAUCUACCUCUGGACCAGCGGGUCUGGGUUCAAGUUCCACUUACACUGGAGGCAGGUCAUAACAUGUUUAGCCAGCUGAUUAAACAAUCUCAUGGGUCUUAUGACACAAAGGCAGUGUCCUUAUCUCUAGACCACAAGGUCUACGUUUCAACUUCUGGAGGUGAAUCAGAAUAUGCCAGGUUAGGGCGAUUUAAAAAAAAUGUACAAGAGGGUUUGGUUCUGAAUUUGAUUUCACUGGUUUCUCAAAAUGUAAAGUGAGUCAGCUGGGACACUGGUUUGGUAGUUAGGAGGGGGAAAAUCUAUAAUGCUGCAUCCUGUGAAUAAAUAUACCAACAAGGACAAAAUUGGUGUAUUGAAUCUAUUACCAAUGGCUUAUCAAUUCCCUACUUGUGAAGAAAAUCUCGUCUGGAUCUUGGGUGCACUGUCUGAUUUACCAUAAUCCUUGCUGUGAUGUUUUAAAAUCAAUUUUCAGUAACAUUUGGAAUCACUUUGCCACUGGAGGAUUAGAUGUAAUGAUAUAACUUAUACCACUUGCUACCAAAUUAACAAUGAAGGAAAAUCUAGACUAUUUAACUUUGUAACAUUUUAAUUUUUGUUUUUGUUAUUUCAAUUAAACA